CUUCCUCUUGCAGUGUUUGGAUUAUUUUGAGUUGUUCGCGGGUUAAUGGGCAGAGCGUCUCUUGGGGGGCACCGAGGUGACGGAGCGGAAAAGCCGGAGAAGAGGCGUGGUUCCCGCUGCCCAAAAGCGGAUGCGAGGCCCUCUGAACCCGUAGUUGACGGCGGUGCCCUCGUUCCCGUCCCGCUCACCACCUCCCCAGUCCCCGCUCUUCCCACGGCAGGUGGCAAAGGCAGCGCCGAUGAGCCCGGCUCAGGUGGGUCCCGUGUCUCCCGGGCUCCCACCUGGCCCGCCUCCCGCCUCCGAGGACCAAAUUCGGACCGAGGAGCGCCCGCUCAUCUUCUCUGCGGGUCAGCCUCAGAGUCCAGAGCAGAGGGCAGCCUUGGGAGGGUCGCCUUUUCAUCCAGUGGACUGGGGUGCGGGCGAGAGUUUGCUGGGGGCCGCCUGUGCACGGCUUGCAGGUGCUGCGGAGUCGGCAGCUUUGGGGAAACCCGGGGUGUCUCCCCUGAAAAGUUAGCCUGAGCUUCUGGAAUCCAUGGAAGGUUGUGAAGGGAGUGGGGAUGAGAUGACCAUGUCCGAAGGCCCCAUGGCAGCGGCAGAAAUGCUUACGGACCCAGAACAGGGCCGUGUGGUCUUUGAGGACGUGGCCAUAUCUUUCUCCCAGGAGGAGUGGGGGCUCCUGGAUGAGGCUCAGAGACGCUUGUACCAUGCCGUGAUGACGGAGAUCUUGGCACUUCUGACCUCGCCAGGUUGUUGGCAUGGAGCCCAGGAUGAGGAGGCACGAUCUGAGCAAGCUCUUUCUGUGGCAGUGUCGCCAGCCAGGACUCCAGAGCCAGAUCCAUCCACGAGGACGGCCCGGCCAUGUGAGAUGUGUGACCCACUCUGCAAAUGCCUUGUGCGCCUGCCCAAGCAGGAUGGAAUGUACCCUGAUCGAGGGCCACACGGUGGUGCGACAAACCUUUUCCAGCAGGAAAAGCAUCAGGUUAGAGAUAAACUUUCCAGAAGGGAUGAGGGGCAGCCUUCCUGUCUGACAAAGAGCAGCGUUCACAUAGCAGAUGGGACCUCGACGUGCACAGGGGAUGGGAAGGACCUCCCAGGCAUCACAGGCCUCCUGCAGCAGCCGGGCCCUCACAGUGUGGGGAAGCCACACAGGGACACUGUGUGUGGGGACGCCUUUGGUGGUAGACAGCGUGACUACAGGUGCACUCAGUGUGGGAAAGCCUUCAGCCGAGAAAAGAUACUUGUUGAGCACCAGAAAAUCCACACUGGUGUAAGGCCUUAUGAGUGCAGCAGCUGUGGGUUGGCCUUUGUUCGAAAGUUUCACCUUGUUCAGCACCAGAGAAUCCACACUGGAGAAAUGCCUUUUCAGUGCAGUGAAUGCGGGAAAUGCUUUAGGUACAACUCCACACUCGUUAGUCAUCAGAGAGUUCACCGUGGUGGAGUAAGGUCUUAUGAGUGCAGCAAAUGUGGGGAAUUCUUCAAAUACAAUGCCAAUUUUAUGAAACAUCAGCGAAUUCACAAUGGAGAAAGGCCUUAUGAGUGCAGAGAAUGUGGAAAGUUCUUCAGGUACAACUAUCGAUUGGUAAGACAUGGCCGAGUUCAUACUGGAGAAAGGCCCUACGAGUGCAGUGAAUGUGGAAAAUUUUUCAGGUACAGUUCCACAUUCAUUAGACAUCAGAGAGUUCACACUGCAGAAAGGCCAUAUAAGUGUAACGAAUGUGGGAAAACAUUUAGGUACAACUCCACACUCAUUAAGCACCAGAGAGUUCACACUGGAGAAAGGCCUUAUGAGUGCAGUGAAUGUGGGAAAUUCUUUCGGUACACCUCUACCCUCAUUAGACAUCAAAGAAUUCAUACUGUAGAGAGGCCCUAUGAGUGCAGCUUGUGUGGGGAAUUCUUCAGGUGCAAGUCCAAGCUUAUUAAACAUUGGCAGAUUCACACUGGAGAAAGGCCUUAUGAGUGCAGUGAAUGUGGCAAAGCCUUUAGGUACCACUGCAGACUCAUUAGACAUAAGAGAGUUCACAGUGGAGAAAGGCCUUAUGAGUGCAGUGAAUGUGGGAAGUUCUUUCGGUACAGCUCCAACCUCAUUAAGCACUGGAGAAAUCACACUGGAGAGAGGCCGUAUGAGUGCAGAGAAUGUGGGAAAGCCUUUAGCCACAGGCACAUACUUGUGGAGCAUCAGAAAAUCCAUACUGGAGAAAGGCCUUAUGAGUGCAGCAAAUGUCAGAAAGCCUUCAUUAGAAAAUCUCACCUCGUUCAUCACCAGAAGAUCCACAGUGAAGAUGCGAGUGCUGUGAUUAUGGGGAACUCUUUGGAUGCUACUCCAGCCUCAUUAAGCAGAGAAUUCACAGCAGUAAAGGCCUUAUGAAAGGAUCUGUUGUACAGCAUAGGGAACUAUAUGCAAUAUCUUGUAAUAAUCUAUAAUGGAAAAGAAUCUGAAAAAUAAUUAUAUGUGUGUGUGUGUGUAUAUAUAUAUAUAUGUAACUGAAUCAAUUUGCUAUACAUCUGUAACUCUGUAAAUCAACUGUACUUGAAUUACAAAAAAUAAAAGGCCUUAUGAAUACAGAGGUCCUGGUACAUCAGGUGCUACUCCAAACUCCUUAUACCAGAGAAGCACUUCAUGAGCUGAUGUCGGAGUGGGCCUUAGGAGUCAGAAAAUAUGGGAACUUGUUUGGUACAGCUCCACUCAUUGGACCAAGAGCUCACACUGGAGGAAGGCCUUCUGAGAACAGUGAAUGUAAGUCUUUAGGUGAAACUCCAACUCCAUCAGAGAUUUCGCAGUGGAGAAAGGCCUCACUGCAGCGAUCAUGGGCAUAUGUUUAGCCGUAACUCCCAGUUCAUUCAAGCGCCAAAAA